GCGAUGGGCGUGGCCGCAAAGCCGGGCCCUCAGAUCGAGGCUGCCUCCCCCUCUCAGCCGGCAGCACAUUCCGCCGCCGUUGCCGCCGCCGGUCCCGCAGUCGUCUUCGUCAGAGCUGCUGUGGUACCCGGGCUCAGGGCAGGAGAGGGCAGCCAGAGAGCGGAGGCCGGGCGAGAGGAAGGGAGCGGACGGGCGGGCGGGCGGCGCAGGCGGCGGCCGGCUUCCUGGGAGCGUCGGUGCGGCGCGGUGGUUGGGGCGGAUCCCGCGGGGCCCGGGCGGGGGGGGAGAGUCGGCGGCCCGGCCAUGGCGGACAACGAGAAAUUGGACAACCAACGGCUCAAGAAUUUUAAGAACAAAGGCCGCGAUUUGGAGACUAUGAGAAGACAACGAAAUGAAGUUGUAGUUGAAUUAAGGAAGAAUAAAAGAGAUGAACAUCUCUUAAAGAGGAGGAAUGUACCACAGGAAGAUAUCUGUGAAGACUCUGAUAUAGAUGGUGAUUAUAGAGUGCAAAAUACCUCUCUAGAAGCUAUUGUUCAAAAUGCAUCAAGUGAUAACCAAGGAAUUCAAUUAAGUGCAGUUCAAGCUGCUAGGAAGCUUUUAUCCAGUGAUCGAAAUCCACCAAUUGAUGACUUAAUAAAAUCUGGAAUAUUGCCUAUUUUAGUUCAUUGUCUUGAAAGAGACGACAAUCCUUCUUUACAGUUUGAAGCUGCAUGGGCCUUGACAAACAUUGCAUCUGGAACGUCUGAACAGACGCAAGCAGUGGUUCAGUCCAAUGCUGUGCCACUUUUCCUGAGGCUUCUGCAUUCACCCCAUCAGAAUGUCUGUGAACAGGCAGUGUGGGCAUUGGGAAACAUCAUAGGUGAUGGACCUCAGUGUAGAGAUUAUGUGAUAAGUCUUGGAGUUGUAAAACCUCUGCUUUCAUUCAUAAGUCCUUCUAUCCCUAUAACAUUCUUAAGAAAUGUUACCUGGGUUAUGGUCAACUUAUGUCGCCACAAAGACCCACCACCACCAAUGGAGACAAUUCAGGAGAUUCUUCCAGCUCUUUGUGUAUUAAUUCAUCACACAGAUGUAAAUAUACUGGUAGAUACUGUCUGGGCCCUGUCCUACCUUACGGAUGCUGGCAAUGAACAGAUCCAGAUGGUAAUAGACUCCGGAAUAGUUCCUCACUUGGUUCCGCUACUCAGCCACCAGGAAGUUAAAGUUCAGACUGCUGCACUGCGAGCUGUGGGCAACAUUGUCACUGGAACUGAUGAGCAAACACAAGUAGUUUUAAACUGCGAUGCUCUCUCACACUUCCCAGCACUCCUCACUCAUCCCAAAGAGAAAAUUAAUAAAGAAGCAGUGUGGUUCCUCUCCAACAUCACUGCAGGAAAUCAACAGCAGGUUCAGGCAGUAAUUGAUGCCAAUCUUGUACCAAUGAUAAUACACCUUUUGGAUAAGGGAGAUUUUGGCACUCAGAAAGAAGCUGCUUGGGCCAUAAGUAACUUAACCAUUAGUGGGAGGAAAGACCAAGUGGCUUAUCUUAUCCAACAAAACGUUAUUCCACCUUUUUGCAAUUUGCUGACUGUAAAAGAUGCACAAGUUGUGCAAGUAGUACUUGAUGGACUAAGUAAUAUAUUAAAAAUGGCUGAAGAUCAAGCAGAGACCAUAGCCAAUCUCAUAGAAGAAUGUGGUGGACUGGAGAAAAUUGAACAACUUCAGAAUCAUGAAAAUGAGGACAUCUACAAAUUGGCCUAUGAGAUCAUUGACCAGUUCUUCUCUUCAGAUGAUAUUGAUGAAGAUCCUAGCCUUGUUCCAGAGUCCGUUCAAGGUGGAACAUUUGGUUUCAAUUCAUCAACCAAUGUACCAACAGAGGGGUUCCAGUUUUAGGAAGAUGUUGUGGAGGUUAGGUACAAUGCAGCACCAAGAAACAUAUAUAUAUAUAUAUACACAUAUAUAUAAAAAGGGUUGAUCCAUCAAGCUUGGCUCAUGGGAUCUGCUGCUGCAUUAAAUCGGGAGAGAAAAUGUGAAGAUUUCAUUUGGAACCACAGAAAAUGCCCAAAUGAGGUCAAGGUGGCGAGUGGGUGCGAGUGAGAAUGAGUGGCAAUGUAAGGAAAACUUGACACGAAUGCUUAUUUAGGUUGAGAGGAAAGGCCAAAGGUCACAGGUCUCCGGUGCCUGAGACCGAGCAUUGACUUACUCUGUCAAUUGAGAAGUGAAAUGCCAUCAUCAUCAAGCCUUGUAAGCAUAAAAGCGAUGCCCAUAUAAGUCAAGGAAAAUGAGCCCAGGCCUCGCUGAGAAGCAGUGUGUGAAUGGACAGUGUUGAAUGAAUGUCUGGCUCCGUGGUAGAGAGCCAGGUUCAUCUUUCAAAUCUAGGGCUCUUCACGCAUGAAGCAGACUCCUAGUCCUGGAGUGACUGUGUAACGAGAGUAUGGUUGUGGUGCUGUGUGUGGACGCAUGCAAGCUUGGUUUGCCUUCAGGGGGCUGAUAACAAACCUAGUAGAUCAUCAAAGUGAGAUCACAAGUGUUAACGUACACUGGACAUGAAAACAAAGACCGGUUUAGCAGCAGACAUUGGUUUACUCUGCAGCCUGUGUUUUCUAGUCUCCCUCCCUUAUCCCCCACCCCACCCCACCCCAUCCCUUUUUUUAUUUAGAUUUUAUUUACUUUACCUAGUAUGGCUUUUUUAGUUGCUUCUCAAGUCAGAAAACUUCAGGAAGGUUUCCCUGUGCAUUUGCACCAGAUGAGUGUUUGAUGCUAUGAAAAGCUUUCCAUAUCAUCAAAACUAAUUUGUGUAGAUUUUUGCAUGAAAAAAAUCAUAAAUUUCCCUCACAAUAGACUGUGUUGCAGUACACAAGUUGCCAUAAUAGUAUAAAAUGUGCUUUAAAAGCCAUUCUUUUCAUUUUCAGAGAUAACAUAAAGAUCUUUGCAUGAGGUAAAUCUACAGCAUAGUUCAUUUUUAGAUUUUGUUGAGUCCUGUAAAGAAGAAAAGUUUCAGUUGUGAUAGAAUACCGUGCUGUGUUUAAAUGUUAACUUGUUUUCAAACUUUGUUUUCUAUGAAAAUGAUAUGGAAACUUCUAAAAUGGAAUUUGGUGCAUAUGUACUGCUGAAUAAAGACCGAUGAAGAGGUUUGAGUAGAUGUACAAAUCAAGUAUGGUUUGAACACCUUUAAUAAUAUGCCUAAUCUGUUUAAUUGUUUUAGAAUCUUUUUAUCUUAGAUGUAGGCAGCCAUGAACAAUCUAUUUUGAGCCACUUUAGGGAGAAAAACUUUGUAUUUUUAAAACUUGCAUAAAAAUUAUGCAAGUGGUUUUUAUAAAUUGGAAUAAUACCUCAGUUUUGAGGUUAUGCACACUAAAUUAAAUAUGUCAUAAAUUAAUUUGUACAAAAAGAACUCUUUAUAAGGUGGCUCAUUGUAGGAGAUCCUGUGCCUUCCCCUUGAGCACAAGUGUUGCAUGAACAACAGUUUGCUGUAAGAGACACACCAGGUUAGCCACCAUUAGCAUCUAGAGCUACUUUGUGUUUAAAAUCAACUGGGAAUUCUGAAACACUGUAGAAUGGAUAAAAAUUAUUUUGUGAUCAUAACUCUUUGUUGAACUAGAGUAUUUUUGCAGCAUUCCUUGUCAUCAAAAACAUGGUUAAACUUUAAAACUAGAAGCAGCAGAAAACUAGCUUGUAAAAUUUAUUCAAGUAGAGUACAGGCUAGGCUGUCUUGGGGAAAUAAACAUUAAAACUUAAAGCAAUGUUUUACAUGGGGCGUGUGUGUGUGGUGUGGUUUUCUUUUUCUAUUUAAUGUUUUUAAGCGUAUACCUCAAUGGCUCCUAUUAACUUCUUAUCUGUCUUAAGCCUUUUUCCUAGAACCAACAUAAGACGUCAUAAGCUCUGUAAUUUCAUUCAUUCGUUCACAGAACUUGUUCAGUUGACACCAUCUACAAUUGCAGUGUUUUCCUGUUGACACUAACCAAGGCUUUGACCUUCCUUCACUUUCUCAAGUCAAGAGGAUUAAGAGACAGUUUGAGUUUUUAAACUUUAAAUAUUAAGUGAACAUGUGGCUCCAAAUGAUAAGAGUGCAUACAAAGCCUUUUUUUUAAAGAAAGCUUAAAUUCUGAUUUUUUUUAAGUAAACAGUAAUCAGUGUGCUUGUAAUAGGCCAAUUAUACAGAAUAGUUAUCCAUAUAUAUAAAGAACCCCAAUAGGUAGCUGAGCAUUGUAAUUCUAGCUCAUGGUAAGCUGAGGCAGGAGAAUUACCAUGUUCAAAUUCAGCCUAGGCUUUAUUGUCAUAAGACCCUGCUUCAGAAAUUAAUGUGUAGAAACAAUAUUCCUGUCUCUAAGGGCUACCUGAAGGUCUAAUUAUUUGUCUAAAUAAGGUCUAACUAUGAUCUCUAUAGGACAUUGAUUUUUUUUUUCUAGAAUUCUAAGGUGUGCUUUUGUAUAUCUGAAAUUUGUCCCAUAUAAACAACUUUAAAGAUUCUUCAUUGAUCUAGGAAAUUGAUUUAAUUUGAACAGAAAUCAUUAUUAUAUCUGAGAAGAGGGAAAUAGAGUAGUGAGUCUAAUAAGCUAAAUGUUCUUAAUUUUCAUGAUCUUAAACUGCCAUUUUUGAUACCAAAUCCCUCUCAAGUACUAAAAAAUGAGAAUAUUAUGUUAAGAAGUAUGGGUAGCAUAUGUUUAUUUUAUCAUUUUGAAAGGCAUCAGCAAUUGUGUGGAAUGGCGAACCUGGUAUUUUCCAUAUUACACUGGGCCAAACCUCUACCAUUUCUGUAAGUGAAGCUAUCUACACACGAUUAAGAUGCACUGGGAGAGUUUAGUUAGGGUUACCUUGACUGCACCUCAUUGGGUUGAAGGUAUUUCUUGCUUUUUGUCUUUAAGAUCUAAAAUGACUGGGGUUUGUUGUAAUACCAGUAUAACUUAUGAAAUACUCUUCCAAUUCUUUGUAGUUUCACAUUCAACAAAAGUUAGAAAUAAGCUUUUGUCUUUUAAGACUGUAACUAAUUACCUCAAGCUUGUUGCCCUAGAUCAUGGCAUAUUCUUGUUUCACAGUUUCUGUGGGUCAGAAAUCUAGUUACAGUUUGGUUAGAUCCUCUUCUCAGGGCCUUACAAGUCUGAAUUUCAUCUGAAGCGAGGGCUCUUGUUCUGUGCACUCCUGUGACAGAGUUCAUUUCCUUGUAGCAAUAGAGCUCCUGGCUGCUUGCUUCUUUAAGACUAGCAGGAGACUCUCUGAUCUCAGGGGAAGCCUGUGCCCUCUUGAAGGGCUGGCUUGGUAAGGUCAGGUCACUCAUCCCCCAGGGUAAUUUCUCUUUUUAAUUAAAGCCCAAACUUUCAUUACACUUGCAAAAUCCCUACACAUUUGAUGCAUUCUGGUCUAUGACAAGAGAUAUUGUCAAUUAGAUUAACAGAUCCUGCCCAGUAGCCAGAAGGUAUUGUACAAGGUUUGUAUACCAGGUCAUGUUGGGGGCUGUUGUACAGUCUACAUAUCAUUAAACUGCAAAGUAUCACAAAUUACAUAUACAUGCAGUUUCCAUGAAGUGUUGGGAUUUCUAGGAGUUCUGAAAUUAUACAAUGAAGUCAUUUAUUCUAAUAGUCUUAAAGAGUUAUGAAAAGAGGAUUUGUCCAAAGUUACAUAUUGUUAAGGAUCAGGUUAAGGCCUAGGUUUUUACUUCUACUAUUUUGAGUUACUAUUUUAAUUUUUAAACCAAUGCAAAAUAAAUACUUAGUCAAACCUUUUUAAUCUUUUAAAUUUUAUUUUUAAAUUAUUACCAACUAUGUUAGAGGACUAGAUAUUUGAGUAUCCUUACAUCUUUUGUUUUAUGUGGUUACUUAUUGGCAAGAUUUAUUACAUAUCACCCAAUAAUUUAAUAUAAAGAAAUCCAGAUGACUCUUCAAUGUUAUGCAAAUACCUUACUAGCAUAUCUGUACUUAAAAUUUAUCCUUCAAAUGCUUUUAAUUGUAAACUUGUUAACCACAAAACACAUUAUUUAAAACCUGUUCCUUUAAGGGCUGGGGGAUACAGUUCAGUUGUAUAACCCUUGUCUAGCAUGUGAGAAGCCUAGUACUGCAAAUAUAUGUAUGAGAGAAGGGGGAUGUGUAUGUGUACAUGUAUAUGAGUAUUCAUAUGUGCGGUUUACUUAAAAUACAUAGCUAAAUGUUGCUGCAUAGGUGUCCAAAUUAAAUCACAGUGCACAUUUACGGCCAUAGUACCUUUUUUUAUAAAGGUUGAUCUCACUCUGUUGCUGAGACAGGCCUGUCUCCUUUCUCUGCAUACCAUCCUCAUGCCUCAGCCUCUGCAUGCCACUGCAUUUUCCUAUGUAGUGCACAUUAACUCUUCUUAAAGGAUGCUGUAAAGCUAAGCACUGUGAUAUGAAGUGGUUGUCUACUGGACUUGUUUUAUUAUUAAAUACUGCAGUAGUCAUAUAUGAGAAAAAUAGAAUUAACAUGCCCCUCAACCCCCAAGACUUAACCUAGCAAUUCCAUUAAGUUGAAUAGUUCUAAAAAUAGCAGGCCCUUUAAAUAAUAAAAGGUUUUCUCUGGGUGUCUGUGUCAAGCUCUUCUUUUUCUGACAUUAAUAGCUUCUGCUUUGUGAGACCAGCUGAGUAUAUAAGAAAAUGCCUCCCAGGGGGGGCCACAGUAGUCCCUUGUGAUUCCUGAUCCUGCCCUUUUUUCUUGCCUUUUCUCCACAAAUUUCAUCUCCUCUGUAUCUCAAAGUAUAUUACCUUCUCCAGAUUUCUUAGUUUUUCCAAGCCAUCGGUUCUAGUUGUAAUCUUUGUAAAGAUAUUUGGGGCCUUAUCAGAUGGUUCAAGGGUAAAGGUGCUUAACACCAAGUCUGAUAGAAGCUGGGUCCCUGGAGCCUACUUCACUUGUGGAGGAGAGAACUGACUCUGACCUCCACGAGUGUGCCCCCAUCUCUGACACGCAUACAUAACACAAAUACUAAGAAAUGACCUAUUUAUAUUUUUCUGUGUCUCUUAAAGUUUUAUCCUAUUUUCCCUAACUGUAUUUGACUUCUGCUCUGGAUAGCUCUGUUGGACUGGUUUUGACUUUCUUGUAGUAAUUGAAUACCCCAUACAUGGUAAAUUUUAAAGAGGUUUGAAUUGGGUCCAGGGUCAGGGUCUGCAUCUAGUGGAUUGCUGUCCUCCAGUGAUCGACAUCAUUUGAGAAGAGGUAGAACACUAGUUAUGUAUAUAUGUGUUCUUUUACCUGAUGUCUUCUUAUCCCACAAAGUUUGCAUCGUGUGUCUAAUGAUCAUGGAAACUAGUGACUGUGUCUAACCUUAUCAUGUUCCAGAUACUCCACCUGUAAAUACGUUGGUAGAUUAAGUUGUCACCCUUAAUACCUCAAAAUGGUUCAAGACUUGGGAGACAUACAAACAACAGCAGUAGCGAAUGAACUCUAUUGAUUGUAGUUGCUAAUUUUACCCAAUGUUUCCUCCAAUCUGAUUUUUACUCUAGUUUGAAACAGCUAUUAGGAAUAGCUAAUAAUCUACAUUUUUUUAUGGUAAAGUCAAUCUGUGGUUACUUGCCUUCUAGAUAAUCUCGUGUGCCUCUCCAUUACUCCAAGCCCUUCCUCAUUAGUACAUCCCUGCCUUCUGUGUGUGUGUGUGUGUGUGUGUGUGUGUGUGUGUGUGUGUGUGUGUGUUGAACACCAUUGAGCUACAUCCCCAGCUGGCCUUUUGAUUGUUUAAGCAUAUAUAGUAAUACAUACUCUCCAACUAAAGAGUGUCUUCUCCAAAGAAAUGUGGAAGCUUUCCAUAAUUUGACUCAUAACUGAUGGGAUGUUCUAGAUAACCUCUCCUACAGUAUUAAGGGUUUUAUCUCUGUUCAACCCUGCAUGAAACAUGGGUAUCAGGUAUUCUGGAUAGCUUCUACCUCUAGUCAUUUCCCCUCUGCCAAUGUGCUGCCUUUGUGAACAGGUGAAGUCUUCAACAAGUCUAGUACCUCCCAGUAUUGCAGGUGUAACUCCUGCAGUUCCGCCACAUCUGUAUUUUCAUAGCUGGCCUACUGCUCUUUAACACAGUGGCUCCUCUGGCCACCUGAAACAUUUAACCUGAGGCACUGUAUAUGUAAUAGAACUGGUGCAGAAAAAAACUUUCAUUCUCCUUUGAACCAGUGGAGGAUUGUCAUCUAGAAAGUAGCGUUGUUCUGGUCCGAAUCCACUGUGGCUAGAGGUGCUAAGAGUACUGCAAACUUUGUCUUAUCACUAUUCCUAUAGCCCUUCAGACACACCAUCACCACCACCACCACCACCACCACCACCACCACCCGGAAGCAUGGAGUAAGGGAGAACUUAUGUCAUUUGUAUCCUGGCUUUUCUCAGCUCCACUCUUGUCCCUUGAAUAUUUUAACCCUGUGACCUUGAGGAAGUCAGGAAUAGCUAAGGCUGUCUCCCAUCCUUGCCAUUCCCAUUAACUCUCAGUUUGCAAUAUGUGUUCUAUGUUGACGGUGACUUUUCAGUCUGUAGUGUCUGUUCACUCAUUGCUUUCACACCUGCGUUUCUUGUCUUUCUCCUGCUAGAUUGUAAGCUCCUUAAGGGCAAGGUCAGCAUAUCAGCAAAGCUCUGUAAACAUGAAUGUGCCUGAAUUCUGUGGGCACUCAAUAAAAGUGUGUGAUAAUGAUGCAACUUC